AUGGGGGCACUAGUUGCGCCGCAAAUGAAUGCUGUUCUGCUGCUGGACCACUGUAAAGCUCCAGACUGCUUCUUUCAGUUUGGUCCGGCAUGUGAUGCCAACAAUAUCCCGCCGGGACUUAAUACCUCUGACAUCGCCCGAACCAAGCUUGGCCAGGUCGAGUAUGGUGGCCCUGGUGUAUACAGCUGCAUCAACUCUGGCGAUGUUGCCCUGACGUAUGACGACGGCCCGGCUUCGUACACUGACGACUUGUUGGAUCUACUGAAAAAGUACAAGGCCACGGCGACUUUUGUGAUUACGGGCAACAAUAAUGCUAAGGGCGAGACUGAUAACGCGACUAUCAUGAUUGACUUAGUAUCAAAUUAUAGACGGAUGUACACCGAUGGCCACCAAAUUGCUAGCCACACCUGGUCUCACGCCGACCUGUGCAAAAUCACCUCGGCUCAGCGCAAGAAUAAGAUGUAUAAGCUAGAAAUGGCUAUUCGCAACAUCCUCGGCGUCAUCCUUACUUACAUGAGGUCAGCCUCUUCCCCUCUGCAGUGUGGCUGUGAGGAUGAUAUGAGGGAGCUGGGCUACUCGGUCAUAUAUUUUGAUCUUGACACGGCCGACUACCUCCAUGACAGCCAGACCGAGAUCCAGAAGUCCAAGGACAUUGUUGACCAGUCCAUCAACUCCAAGCUCGCCCCAAGCCAUAACUUCCUUGUCAUCGGACACGACAUCCAUCAGCAGACUGUUUACAACCUGACUGAGUACAUAGGGCAGGAAGCAGGUCACUAUUGGCGAGUGCCUGGGAGAUCCCAAAAUAACCGGUACCGCACUGACGCCCGUACUACGCUUAGUUGA